CGUUCCCCGCCCGAUCCAGUGGCAAACCCAUCGGCCCGGCCUUUUCGUUUUGGUUUUCGUUUUCGUUUCCCUCCCCCCCCGGAGAUCCUCUGCAAACGGGUCCAGAACCAUGCCGCCGCUUCCGCUUCCCGAGGCGGCCACGCCCGGCCACGCCCAGGCCCCGGUCGCCUUGGGCCUGAACGUCCUGAUCGACCACGCCAAGAAGGACCUCAAGGCCAAGGCCAACCCGCCCUUCCUGUCGCACUACCGGGUCCUGCCCGAGAACGUCCGGACGGCCUACGACCUCUUUUUGACGGGGGCCCAGCUGGUCCGCGCGACCGCCACCAAGUACGCCCUGGUCGGCGCCGCCAGCAAGAAGGACCAGGUCACCCUGGGGAACGACCUGCUGCGCGGGUGCGAGCUGAUCGGGGCCGCCGUCCACGCCACGGUCGCGGACGCCUCGGGCUGCUCGCGGGCCGUCCGGCACUACAACCAAAAGGCGGCCCUGGCGGUCUACCUGGCGACCCUCCGGCUGGUGGAGGCCUUUCACCCCGAGCUGCAGCGGACCAGCAAGGACGGGAGCGUCCGCGGCAGCGGAGGCGACCCAGCCUCCAGAGCGGUCCCCGCGGCGAGCGACAACACGGUGGGGGCCCAAAAGACGGGGGCCGUCUGGGAGGCCUGCGACCAUAUCCUCAACAAGAUGCUUCCGCAGGGCAAUCGCAGCGCGAUACGGAGGGAGAUCUUCACCUGGACCCGGGAGUGCAACGACACCCUGGAGGAGUUCGACGAGAUGGUCCAGCUGGGUCCCAGGGAAGGCGGCGGCGGCGACGACGCGGAAGGCGAAGAAGACGACGACGACGACGGCUUUUGUGGCUUUGGCGGCGACGACGACAAGUACACGGAGGACGACCUGCCCCUCGCCGAGGCCUGCGUCAAGCUGCUGAAGAACUCGCGGGGGAACAUGAGGGUCGCCCUGGAAACCUGCGAGGCCCUGGGCGAGCGGCUGGCCGGGAGCGGAAGCGACAAGGACGACGAAACCAUCCUGGACGCCAUCCUGCGGGUGCACGAGCACGCCAAAAACGUCGGGGAGGGCGUGACGGACUUUGGGAGCCUCCUGUAUCCCCCGCUCGUCCCGUCGACGGCACACCUGGAGGCCGGGGUCCGCAGGCAGGCCGCGCUCAUCCGGGAAUUCCAGGACUGCGUCCUGGGGCUGGAGCACCUGCCGACCAAAACCAUGGAGCUGGCCAGGACCCUCCGGGCCACGGCCGACACCCGGGAGAAGGACUUUUUCGACGCGCUGGCGGCGUACAAGAACAAGGCGUGCUAAGAGACGGGCACGAUGCCUGCUCCGAAACCACCGCGACCGCAGAGAUCGGCAUU